AUGAUUCCACAACAACAACAAUCAUCACCCCCAACCUCAGAAAAAGAUCAUACAACAACAACAACAACAGAAACCUCAUCAUCACCAUUUAUUGUGGGUGAAAGUGUUGGAGAGCAAGGAUGGCCAAUUAUUGAAUGCUUGGAUCAAUGUUUAAAAUCCAUCGGAGAUGCUAAGGAAUUUAAUGUAAAUAAUGAUGGAAGAGGUUUUAUUUAUAUUAGUUAUCGGAGAGUGACUUCUACAACGUUUCCUUCACCCAUCAGAACGAUUGAUGAUUUAAUUAGGAGGGAAAUUAGAGGAUUGGCCUUUGAUAGUGCAUCUGGAAAGCUUGUUUCACGUUGUUUGCAUAAAUUCUUCAAUGUUGGAGAGAAGGAAGAGACGAAUAUGAAGAAAGUGCAAGACAAGUUGGAAGAGAGUGUUAAAUUGAGUAAGAAGAUGCAUGUUUUGGAUAAAUUGGAUGGAAGUUUGGUAAUUCCAAUAUUGGAAACGAUUGAGGUGAAUGGAGAAAUGAAGAAGAGACUCAGAUUUAGAACUAAACAAGGUUUUGGACAUAAUUCCACAUCUAAAGGAUGUGAAAAGUACAUGUAUGGGUUGAGAGAAGUUUCCAAUGAGGAAUAUGAACAAUUAAUACCAACAGUUGAUCAAUUUUUACAGAAUUCUUCACAAUUUCAACUCAAAAAUACAGUCCGAUUCUGUUUGGAUUAUAUUGAGAAAGGAUUUACACCAAUUUUUGAAUUCUGCUCACCAGAUUACAAGAUUGUAAUUAUCUAUGAUUCACCACAAUUGAGUUUGAUUGCUAUUAGAGAUACCAUUAAUGGUGAUUAUGUUGAAUUUGAUGAAAUGACAAAUAUUGCCAACAAGUACUCGAUUGAUUGUGUAAAAUCAACCGAAUUUCACUUCCAAGAAGAUAAACAGCAUUCAAUUGCAGAGAUUAUUGCUGAAAUUAAGAAAAAGACAGAUUUUGAAGGAUGCGUUAUUCGAUUUUGGAAUGGUGAAAUGUACAAGGUAAAAUCAGAUUGGUACAGUACUAUUCACUUUAAGAAACAACGAUUGGAAUUCAACUACAUCAAUGAAUCUCACUCAUGGUGGUUAGUUUUAGAGGGAGGAAUUGAUGAUUUGAUUCCAAUUCUAAACACUGAAGAGGAAAAGGAAUAUUUAAAAACAUUCAAUGAUGAACUGUGGAAUGUCAUUGAUCAAUUCUCUGAAAGAACACUGCAACGUGUUAAGAAAAUAAUGGAAGAAAAUCCAACUCAACGAGAAUUAGCCAACUACAUCAAUAAGAACAUUACCUCAAACACCCUUAAAAAACUCAUGUUUGACAUUUCCAGACACAUUAAUGAAAAUAAUCAUGUCAAAUUAAUUGUAGACGUUGUUCUCAAGUUUGUGAGUCAGAAUAAGGUUGAAGAGGCAAAACAAUUCCUUGAAGCUCCGACUCUUCAAUACAGAAAACCACAAAUCAACACCAACGGCAGUACUUCUAACUUGGAAGAGGAAUAA